UAAACUUAUACCGCAUCCCAUCCUCCAUCUCGAAGCUGCCGGCGGGCCUCCCCUCAUGCCGCCAAUUGCUCACCUUCCGCCGCCAGCUGCUGAAGAGGUGGCCGCUGCUGUUGUUGUUGCCACAGCCUCUGAGAAAGAAAUCGACGUCGCCAUCACGCCAUCGAGGAAGGAGCUCGCCGUUCAAGACCAGGCCUUUUUUAUAUUUUUUUUAAUCGACCGGCUACACCCGUCGGGCGGGGUCCGAUCGCCGCCCGUCGCACGAGGUCUGCCCGCCUCCGUCGGACGGGGUCCGAUAGCCGCCCAUCGCACGGGGUCCGCCCGCCUCCGUCGGACGGGUGCGAUUGCCCUCCGUCGGACGGGGUCCGUCCUCCUCCGUCGGACGGGGUCCGAUCGCCGCCCGUCGGACGCGUUCCCGACUUCCCGUAAUUGUUUUUAUUUUAUUUAUGGAAAUUAUUUUUCUGUUGUUAAUUAAGGAAAUAAAUUAACACUUCAUAAUUAUAAACACUAAUUCUGAAAUUUGACAAUUACUUAAGUACUUUCCCUAAAAAAAAACAAUUAUUUAAUUGCUAAAUAAAUAAUUAAUAAUUUACAAACAAUCAUCGCAAAAAAAUGAAAGCAGCGGCAAAAAAGGAAUCCAUGAAUGAAUGCAGUUACCACAACAUGUAAAAAAAAAUUAAGGAGUUAAUUAAGGAAUGGAUUCUCGGUUACAAUUGAAUUUGAUUUGGUUUGCCGCAAAUAACGGUUGAUAGUUACGGGGAGAGAUAGGGGAUAAGGGGAAUAUAGUAAAUGUGUUAACAAUGAAUAAUUUUAAACAUU